GUCGACCUCACAAACUGAAAUGUCAUCAACUGUACAUCCUGUCGCACCAGUAGCGUGCAUGACUCGUCUUCCCAUGAAAAGCAUUUGUCAGGACAGUAACAUUGUGAUUACAAAUGGCUGGAUUUGUGUCAUUCCUCAAGUCUUGAAUUUUACAAAAAACGUGGAUUUUAGCGACUUUUGCAGGCUUGUUGACGUAACAUUUAUUUGUGUAAUGGAUAGAAUAGGACGAGAUUACAACCAAACAUGUAGAAGCAGUGACAAAAUACUUGCAGUUGACGUAUUUAGUCCGAUGUUUAAAACUGCAUUUAGCCUGAAGUAUGAUCCCAUUGAGUGUUAUGCAAACUAUAGCACAACAAGUACCUCCGCACUGUCACCGACACAAACAUUGACGUCAUACACCACGACAGCACAGAGCACAACGUUGACGCCCUCUCCGUUAUUAGUUAAAUGUAAUGACACCGACGAGAUUCUGUCCAAGAGUCUACAAUGUGUUUUACCCCAUUUUGCAAAUAUAACAACAGAAAAAGACAAAGCAAAAUUUUGCAGAGUUGUAGAUGAAGUUUUUACAUGCAUCAUGGCUGAAAUAGGAUCGGAAUAUGGAGUCAAAUGUCGUGAAAGUGACAAAGAACUCGCCAUUUCAUAUUACGGCCCUAUCUUACAGUCCAGGCUCGAUCUUAGCUUUAAUCCUAUCGACUGUCAUCUUAAAAAUGCAUUAGGUACAUCAACGAAACCGAUAACAACUCGCAGCACGACGCUAUCUAUACCAUAUACAACACAAACUUUGAAUUCAACCACAACAAUGGGUCAAACGUCACAUUCAACAAUACCAACAUCGGCCAGUACACAGAUCAUUCAAACAAAUACUCUGUCGACUUUCAUACCAGAAUGUUAUGAUACCACUGAGGUUUUGUUAAGAGAAUGGCAGUGUGCGUUACCAUUAUACACCAAUCUCACUACAGCAGGUAGCCUUCAACUGUUUUGUAGUGCAAUCGAUUCGGUAUUUAUCUGCAUUAUGGAUGGAAUCGGGGCAAAAUACGGAGUUAAUUGUAGUGAGAUAGAUAGAAAUAAUGCUGUAAAAACCUAUGCCCCACGUCUACAGUCAGCACUGGCGCUAAUAUUCGAUCCCACUAAUUGUGAGUCAAAUCUUGUAUCAUCAGUCUCACUUUAUUUAACAGGAAUUUAUACAUACAUGUAGAUAUGCAUUUUCAUUUGUAAAGGUUAUUCGGAACCUCAGACGCCAUUCGCUCAUUCACGUGCACGUUCUACAAAGCAGGAGGCGAUAUUUCUUUCGACCGUCCCAACAAUUACAGAUUCUCCACUGCUGGUGAAAUGUGGAGAUGAUGAAACCAUCCAGUCUAUUGGAUGGAUGUGUGCACUUCCAUUGUACAUAAACAUUUCUACAGCAAAUGAUAUGACGGAAUUUUGUCGUGAAGUGGAUUUAGUGUUUGUAUGCAUCAUGGGAAGAAUAAGUUCCGAUUACGGAGUUGUAUGUCAGAACACUCACAAAGGCAGCGCUGUUACUGUGUACAGUUCAACGCUUCAGUCUAUCUCUAGACAGUUGUUCGACCCCACUCUGUGUUAUGUACAAUCUACUUCUGAAAGAUUUACCACGACUGAAUCACCAUUGUUAACAAAAUGUCGGGAAAGUGUUGCUAUUACUUCAGCUGCUUACUUGUGUGUGCUUCCAUUGUACACUGAUAUGACAUCUAGCGACCUCUCCGCUUUCUGCAGGGUGGUAGAAAUGGCCUUCUCUUGCAUUACAAACAAGAUAGAAGUUCAGUACAACAUUAGUUGUCGCCUGGAAGACAAGGAGCGUAUGAUUCUCAACUAUGGACCUGAAAUGGAAAAAUCCUUGAACCUACGAUUCAGCCCCACUACGUGUUAUAAUGUCACAUUAGAAAGUUCAGGUCGAAUCAGGAGAAGUCCAAUUUUACCGUGCCAAGACAGUGUAACACUUUUAGCCAAAGGAAUAGUGUGUAUUCGUCCAUUCUACUACGACAUUAUUAAUGAAAGUUCAUCUUUCCAGAGAUUUUGCAGCCUUUUAGAGAAAUUCAACCUUUGUGUUAUGCAUGAAAUGGGUAAAGAACACAAUGUAACCUGUGGCCAGACAGAAUACAACACCUUUGUCAAAACCCACAGCCUGAUCUUGCAGGCGACGCUUGACCUCGCUUUCAAGCCAGAAGAUUGUUUAAUGACGUCAUUUACACCCAUCACAGAAAAUCCAACACACACAACGUACACUUCACCAACAGAAUCUUGUUCACCUUGCCGAGACGAAAACAAUGUAAAGAAGGUGCAAUCGUAUUGUAUAUCAUCCAGCUCCACUGAUAUCAAAAUGGCUCAAACCUUCGCAGAAACUUGUAGCUUGAUGGCAAAUGUUUUCAAAUGCAUCAUUACUGUCAUAGAAGCUGAGACUAAUUCAAAAUGUAGCCCUUCUGAUGAAGAAUUCCUUGCAAGAAAAUAUGGAACACAAUUGGAUGCAGUUGUACAGGUGUCCAUCGAUCCCGUGUGGUUGAUUGCUAGUAGUUUUGGUUGCGUCAUAAACCGGACAGAGAUUUCCCUCAAUACUAGCUGUUCCACAACUGACGCUGCAAGCAUCGCACAAGCCUAUGGCACCGAGAUUCGCAGUAAACUAUCGCUGACCUAUGAUCCAGCUCAGUUGAUUGCUGAUAGUUUUGGAUGUGUCAUAAAAGGAACAGAAACUGCUUUGAAUUCAAGCUGUUCCUUUUCCGACGCUGCAAAUAUCGCACGAGCCUAUGGUUCAGAGAUUCAAAAUAAGACGAUUCGGUUUGGUGGUGGAUCAGUUAUGGUGUGGGUCUCUGUUACCUUCGACUAUAUACUGGAUCUUAUCACAAUUAGUAACAAAAUUGAUGCACAAAAUUACCAAAGGGAAAUUCGUGCCGCAAGUGUUAUGCCUCACUUUGACAAUUACCAUCUUCAACAACGACCAUUGGUCAUGGAUAACAAUGCCACGACACAUAGUGAUGGUGCUCGUGCUGUGUUGAUAGUCAACAUUACUGGAUGCAUCAUCGAUAAAAUACAGAAUUCAUUGAAUAUAACUUGUCCAAAAACUGAUGCAGCGGCACAAGCGUAUGCUUCAAUGAUUCGAGGAAAGCUUUCGGGGUUGAUCUAUGAUCCAGUUCAGUGUUAUCCCUUAAAAGAAAAUGAAACUUUGGUGUCGUCUGCACCCAAGACAACAUCUCCUUCAACUGAAUUCAACAUCACUUCCUCAAAUUCGGCAUUCACUUCCACAAUUCUUUCAACCUCUGAAACGAGUCUGUGUCAAGAUCUUGCCAAAAUCACACCGUAUAUACUUCCAUGUGUGGGACCUAUGCUCCUUUCUAUUUCUUCAGCAAAAAGUAUUACGAUGUUUUGUGGGUUAAUUAUCAAAAUAUUUAGUUGUAUUUUGCAUCAAACGGAAGCAGCUGCAAACAGAAAAUGCUCUUCGGGUGAUAUGGAGAACCUUGUCAAGACAAUCGGACCUCAGAUGAACAGAACACUCCUGUUACUGUAUGAUCCUGUUCGUUGUUUUGAGUUUAACUCGCUCGUAAUCAACGAGACUAGAAGUAUGCCAUCAUCAACAACUAGCACCAUCAGUACAACGCCCGAAUUCACAUAUUGUAGAGACCAAACUACAAUCAACACGGAAAUUUUACCAUGUCUUGGACCCUCGUUUCUUUCUAUAACUUCUGCAUAUAAUCUCCAUGGUUUCUGUAGAUUGAUGAUCAACGUGUUCAAUUGCAUCAUGAAUAACAUAGCUUCAGCCACAAACAGCUCGUGCACAGCAGAUGAUAGAUCUUAUGUUGUUGAAACUAUUGGUCCACAAAUAAAUAGAACAAUUGCAGGUCCACAUGAUGUGAUGGAAUGUUCUGAGCUCCUUGGUGGAGAUCUUACAACCACCAUACCAACCACAACCACCAGAUCACAGGUUGUGACAGUUACCACACCGCUGUUUUCACCAACAGUCUCCACGGCAAGACCAUUCAAAGUCCUUCAUUGUGGAAAUCUGUCUGAUAUAUUUGCACAUGGAAUUAACUGUAUUGGUCCACUAUAUCAAAAGUUUUCAACCGAGACUUAUUUUCCAAAAUUUUGCAGGCUACUUCACUCUGUGUUUGAAUGUAUUUCUGAUAACAUUCAAGUACAGUAUAACACAACCUGUUCUUCCUCGGAUAGAGAAGCCGCGAAAUCCCUAUAUGGUGCAGACAUAUACAGAAGCAUUCCGACGAAAUUCGAUCCCAAGCAAUGUCCAGAGGAUGUGAGCUGUGUAGACGUUAUAAAGUACCCACGCUAUACACAGUGUUUUAGAACCUUCUUUGUAUUUGAGAAAUCGGAUGCAUCAUCAUAUAAUCUUAGGCUCUCGCCAUACGAAACAUGCAGCCUUUACAGGGGUAGUCUACAAUGCUUAGCCAACCACAGUGAAUGCAGCCUUACUGACGCACAUACAGGCAUAGUUCAUCAUUUUAUGUACACGAAUUCAACAAUAAACCCAUCAACGUGUUUAAUUAAUACUUCCCACGCUGGAUCUGUAUGUGAGGAUGAUACAUUUUCCUUGUUGGCGAUCCAUGCCGAAUGUGGAUUCUAUCCCAUUCUUAUUCCGUUUGAUUGUCACAGACAUGCCUUGGACUUCAUUACAUGUGCAGCAAAUGCCAUUUCUUCCCUUGAUUGCAGUACUGACAGUUUUACAAGAGCUUUAUCCAUUCUGGCAAACACCAACUCAAGUUUCUACGACAGAGUAAAUUCGGGUCAAGGAAGUGUUGUUGUUUCUUGCAUCAAGCUUUUUGAGACGUUCAAUACAACUGAAAAAGUCUUCCAACAAGUAACAAAUGUGCCGACCAUGAGCAAAGUCCAGACCAGCACUCUGUCUUCUCCUGCAUCUGCAUUUAUGAAGACAACUAGACCUUCAACAGUAGCAUCUACUAAAUCACCUACAACUAUUCAUCAAGUUGACGGUGAAUGGGGCCCUUGGGGGUCUUACGAUGUAUGCUCCGUGACCUGUGGAAGUGGAAUAAAAUCACGCUCGAGAUCCUGUAACAACCCUGCCCCGACAGGUGGCGGCAAGAGAUGUGUCGGAAGUUCUACAUCAUCAGACACGUGUAUACUAUCCAACUGUCCAAUUGACGGACACUGGGGCCCAUGGGGAUCUUAUGGGGUCUGCAGUGUGCGUUGUGGUGGAGGGACACAAACAAGAAAUCGAUCCUGUGCUAACCCCGCCCCUAAACAUGGCGGAAAAACUUGUUCUGGAUCUUCCUCUUCAUCACAAAGCUGUAACACCCAACACUGCCGUAUUCGUCGGAUGUCUGCUACUAUGAAAUUGUCGACUUACAGAUGGUCAAACGAUCUACUGUACAACACCUCGGCCUAUUAUCAAGAACUACACAACACUGUCAUGGAAAAUUUUGGAGAACAAUUCAGAAAGAUGCCAUCUACUUUAGGGGUGGAGGUUCGAUCUUUCAGAUAUGGUGGGAUAUUUGUUGAUUUGGUUCUUUCAUACAACAGUGAUUAUACUAACCCUGCUAGUCUUUUAAACACUCUUUUCCUACUACUCAACCAUGGGUACAUACACCAUUUAGGAGUGCAGAACUACUUGCGGUAUGAUCAUGUCAUCAGGUCGGGAAACUGUCCGCUUGUAACACAAGUGAGCUUCUGUACAGAGUACUGUACCGGCGAUAGUAGGUGUCCAGGAGCUCAAAAGUGCUGUUCUACUGGUUGUGGUCAAACGUGUACAGAUGUAGGGUCUCCUUUAUCCGUAACAACGCAGCUGACAACAUCCACAACUUCUGAGAAGACUACGGUGAAGACCAGGCGCACAUCAACAACAACACAACUUCCCCGCAAUGUGGGAACACUAUCAAUAACCAUGGAGCUCCAAGAAUAUACAUGGGACAAAUCAUUGCUAAACCCACAAUCCACGUACUACGUAGCGUUAGAGAACAUCGUCCAUACAAAUGUUUCUCAUUUCUUUAGACAGACUGAAGGCAUUAUAGAGAUACAGAUUAUAUCUUUCCGGGCAAAGCAUAACAGCGUUGAUCUGAUGCUACAGUACAACACGAAUAUCUCACCCCUCGAUGACAUCAGCACAAAACUGAUAUCAGCACGGAACAAAGGAACUAUCAACAAUCUCAAAAUCACGCACUUCAUGACUUUUGAUACACAAAUAAAACCAGGUACCUGUCCCUCAGCGUCUGUGGAUGGAGAUUGCUUUGAGGACUGUAUGGGUGACGGGACCUGUCCAGGCUACGAGAAAUGCUGUUCUACUGGGUGUGGAAGGCACUGUACUACAGCUCUGUAAACAGACUGACGUCAACGAACGCCGCUGAUUGCUGUUGUCUUCCAUUCUUCAGAACAUCGCAGAGAAGUGGAGAAACAUAACAUACAGCCUAUUGGAUAAAACAUGGAAGAAAUAGGAAGAUUUUCUGGAUGGAAUUGACCUCUCUCUUAAUAAAUCCCUACAGUGAAUGGCGCCAUAUCGUUGUAUUCUGUGCUUAUUUUCUGAAUUAUUUACAUUUGUUGAUCUCUCCUGUUAUCUUACUGGUUGAUUUAGAUAUGUUUUUCACCUUA